AUGCACGCGAGAAACAUCGCUAUCGUUCUUGCUGCGGUUCUGUCACAAAUAUCCGCUCUAGCUCAACGUCUUCCACCUGACCUUUCUUCGGAAGAACAGGAGGAAAUCGACACUCAAGGCCGUCUCCUACUCUCAUCAUUGGAACCGUAUCAGCAUGGAGAGUCAGAAAUCGUCUUUUUGGUGGACAGUUCAGGGAGUAUCGGUGCAUCCAAUUUUCAUUUCGAGAUCAAUUUUAUUCGAGAAAUAUCGACGAUUUUUAGUAUGUCGCCAGACGAAGCCCGAGUUUCCGUAGUUACGUAUUCAGAUAGCUCGAAGAUAGUCCGUCAGAUUGAUUACAUUGGUAGUUCUGUUGGGAAAAACAAGUGUACAUUCCUAGGAGAAUUAAGUUUAAUUCGAUAUGAAGCAGGUUGGACGGACACAAAGGGUGCUUUGGAAGAGGCUGACAGAGUAUUGCAACAUGCCAGAUCAGGAGCAAACAGAUUAGUAGUGUUGUUAACAGAUGGACAGUCUACCGAAGGUGACCCCGUAGGCAUAGCAACGAGAAUCCGCAACAAAGGCAUACGAAUUGUAGCAAUAGGGGUGGGCAAUGUAAACAUGGACGAACUGACGUCGAUAGCUACGGCACAGUAUGUAUUCAUACUGGAUAGACUUUCUUACGUGGUUGACUUGGCAACCCGCAUUAAGAACGACGUAAAAGAGAAAAGCUGGGAUAUGUCUGUUCUUGAAUCUUCGUGCAAUUACUUGUGUACGGAUGGAAACGACUGCUGCGAUGACAAGGCCAGAUGUUCUUGUGGUACCAGUAGCGGCACUCACCAAUGCGCAUGUCAAGCUGGGUACAGUGGAAAUGGGUUGAAUGGACAAUGUACAGCCUGUCCUCGUGGUACAUACAAGCAAAUGGUUGGUAAUUUAGACUGCGUGGCCUGUCCAGACAACUCAAAUACUGAGGACACUGGAAGCGUCUCAAUUGAUCAGUGUCGCUGCAAUGCAGGAUACAUUGAACGGCCGGAUCACAGUUGUUCUAUUGUGACAUGCGCUAGAUUGACAGCGCCCCCUGGUGGAUAUAUUAUGCCGAAUCCAUGUGCUAAUACGUUUGGAAGUUCUUGUGAAUUCAAGUGUAGCAGCAAUUAUCGUCCGAUGCCCGGAGGUUCACAUAGAAUUGAGUGUCUUGAAAAUGGCCAGUGGUCUGGACAACCGUUCAUUUGUCGGAAGAUCACGUGUGAGGCGUUAUCUGAACCAAGUAAUGGUAAUCUUUUGUGUGACACUGAUGACAACAGUAUUGACACGUGGUGUACAUUCACGUGUAACCAUGGAUACGACAUACUUGGAUCCGAGGAUACAAGAUGUGUUCUUGAGGAGGGCGGUAAUGAAAGAUGGACUGAUGCAGAGCCUAAAUGUAAAAUCAGAUCAUGCCAACCACUUGAAGUAAAGAAAAAUAUGAGAUUACGACCAUCUGCGUGCGAGGAAACCAACAUACCUUAUAUGGAAGUGUGUGUUUAUUCCUGCAAAGAUGGUUACAUGUUACACGGUGCAGAGACAUCCGAGUGCCAAGCCGAUGGGGAAUGGUCAAAUGUAAACGUUGAACGAUUUUGCAAAGACAACGAGCCACCCAAAUUCCUGAAUUGUCCAUCAGAUGUCACUGUGACUGCUGAGCUCCACAUGUCAAAGGGUAAACUGACCUGGGAAGAACCCACAGCCACCGACAAUAGUGGAAUAGCGCCAUCUAUCACUAUGAUUCCGAACAUCCAAGGUCCGCCAUUUUGGUUUCCAAUAGGCGAAUCAACUGUGACGUACAUCGCUAUGGAUGGCGAACAUCUGGUAGAUGAAUGCAGAUUCAUUGUAACCGUGAUAGACGAAGAGUCUCCUAGCGUAUUGACAUGUCCUGGCGACAUAGAGAUUCAAAGUGCGAGCAGGUCAAGCAAUGUAACCUGGAUUGAGCCGACAUUUCAAGACAACUCUGGCGAAGACGUGACUGUGUACAUGAAUAGACAACCAGGUUCCACGUUUUAUUGGGGGAGCUCAAGUGUAACAUACGAGGCAGUGGAUUGGACGGGAAACACUGCGCUCUGUAAAUUUGAAGUGAAUUUAAAACAACACAAUUGUGAGCAUGCAUCGCCGCCAGAGAAUGGGUCGCUUUCAUGUGAAAAUUGGCUGGGUGGUCAGUUUUGUAUGGUAUCAUGCCAAGUAAAAUACGACUUUGUAUUUGACCCGGAAGACAUUUAUUACUGCAAACAGAACAGGAUAACUCAUAAAGGGGAAUGGGCACCUGCACCGAUCGUAUCCAGAGGUGACCGUGAUUUUAAGUUCCCAUGGCCAGACUGUGCAAGAAUGACAGAACCAUCCAAAUUAUCACUUGGACUUGCUGUACAAUAUUACGUCGACAACUGCUUUGGUGAAACAGGCAAGGAGGAAAUUCGAAGGAAUUUUAUUACAAAGUUUCAACAGCUAGAGCAACAAGCCUCCGGAUUUUGCUUAGAUGAGCGAUGUGCUGUUGAGAACAUUGCAGUAUACUGUGGUCCGUCGUCAUCUACGUCAUCAGUCCAUAAAAGGGACGUAUCGAGAAAUGUCAUCAGAGUAUCGUAUACUCUUAUAGUAGAGACUCAACCAGACUCCCCAGAUUCAACUGAUACUGAUGGGGGAAGUGAAGAAUCCACAGCCGACGGACAACCUGCACUGAGACCUAUCGACAUGUUACGGCAAUUGAAAAAUGAGGUUCAAGUAACUGCUUCUCGGGGAUUAUUCCGCGCAAUCAUUACUAACACUGGAAUCAAUACCGUACCUUCCGACGAACCCGAGUUAAUAGAAGAAUCCAAUGUUGUAGUCGAAUGCCCAGUUGGUCACAUUUGGCGAAACGAUUCAUGCCUUACGUGUCCUAUUGGAACAUACCAUGACGUCACCACCAACACUUGUACUGCAUGUGCUAUUGGUAUGUAUCAAGACACUGAAGCAUCUACAUAUUGCCAGCAAUGUCCUCCGAACACAUUGACGACCAAGACAAGAUCAAAGACAAUCAGCGCAUGCGUUGGUUUUUGCCAGCCGGGCACCUUUUCGAAAACUGGCCUGGAAACAUGUAUUUUGUGCCCAAGAGGAAGUUAUCAGCCAAACAACGGAAGUACAUCAUGCAUAUCUUGUGAGGAAAAUCUGUCAACAUGGACUGAUGGGGCAGUAUCGGCCGAUUAUUGCAAAGUUGGAUGUAUUUCUGGUAGCUACUCGGAAACUGGUUUUAUGCCAUGUAUACCAUGUCAGCGUGGAACUUACCAGCCACGUGGUAGUCAGAAAUCUUGUAUACCAUGCGAGGAUGGCAAGACAACACAUUUCCAAGGAGCGCAUGCCAUACAGUAUUGCCAAGUUAUUGAUCUCUGUGAACUGUUUCCAUGUCAACACAAUGCAACCUGCGUAAGCAUGAACGAAACCCGUCAGUGCCAAUGCAUUCCUGGGUACGGCGGGGAGAGUUGUGAGAUUAACAUCGACGAUUGCGAAGAAGACUUAUGUAAAAACAAUGGAACAUGUGUUGAUGGCGUGGACGACUACCACUGCAUAUGUCAAAUAGGUUUCACUGGGGCAAACUGCCAGAUAAACAUUGACGAAUGCAAAUCAAGCCCAUGUCUGAAUGGUGCAAGUUGCUACGACAGAAGUAGUGGGUAUAUGUGUAAAUGCCUUGAUGGUUAUACUGGGGCACAAUGCGAAAUUAAUUAUUUUGACUGUGCGUCAAGUCCGUGUAAAAAUGGAGGAACCUGUUUUGAUCUUGCACAGAAUUUCACAUGCUGUUGUCCUCCCGGCUAUGCUGGUCGCUUUUGCGAGGAAGAAGUGAAUGAAUGCCAAUCAUCGCCCUGUCAAAAUGGUGGAUUAUGUAUAUCUGGACUGGGAAACUACACUUGUGAAUGCCUGUCCGGGUUCAUAGGUGAAGACUGUGAUGUAAAUAUAGACGAAUGUGCAAGUUAUCCGUGUAGUAAUGGAGGAACGUGUAUUGAUCUCAUAGAUUCAUAUUUUUGCGAAUGUGAUAUUAGUUACCUUGGAGAUAAUUGUGAAACAUUUAUUUCUACAGACUUCAACCUCCUCUUUACAAGUUCACAGGCCACGGACUAUGCAUCAAUCGACCGUGUAUCGGAUAUGUACGAGUGUACCAUAUCAUUCUGGAUGAAGACUUCUGACAGCUCGUCAUAUGGCACGCCUAUUUCUUAUGCCCAGUCUAGUGAUGGCGCUGUCACCGACAACGCCCUCACACUGCAGGAUUAUAACAAUUUUGUUCUCUAUAUAAAUGACGAUCCAGUUUAUACUAAUUUGAAGGCUAAUGGAGACAGUGACUGGCAUCACGUGGCUGUGACAUGGGAGAGCGAUACUGGAUCAUGGGCAGUGUACUUUGACAAUGUAUAUGUUAGAGGUGGAGUCAGUUUUCAGCAGGCAGCGGUUAUUAGGGGUGGGGGUAUUUUGGUUAUUGGUCAAGAUCAAGAUAGUGUAGGUGGGCAAUUCAACGCUGCUGAAUGCUUUGUGGGAGAGUUGUCACAGGCAAGUAUGAAUAUUGGAAUCUGUUUAGGAAUAAGUUCGAAAUAA